CACAUUCCAGCCCCGCCGGCCAGCCCCGCGCCCGGCCUGCGCGCAGCCUGGGCGGACGGCGCUCCGGCUCCGCGCCCGGCCCCUCGGCCGCCCCGCGAUGAAGGCGGCCCGGGCCGCGGGCGAGGAGGCGCCGCAGGGCGCGCGGCCGGUCAAGGUGGUCCUAGUGGGCGACGGCGGCUGCGGGAAGACGUCGCUGCUGAUGGUCUUCGCCGAGGGGGACUUCCCCGAGAGCUACACACCCACGGUGUUUGAGCGGCUCACCGUUAAUCUGCAAAUGAAGGGCAACCCUGUGGAGCUCCAAAUCUGGGACACAGCAGGACAAGUCGAUUAUGACCGCCUGCGGCCCCUCUUCUACCCUGACGCCAGUGUCCUGCUCCUCUGCUUCGAUGUCACCAACCCACACAGCUUUGAGAACAUCCUUAACCGGUGGUACCCAGAGGUGAAUCACUUCUGCAAGGGGGUGCCCGUCAUCCUCGUGGGCUGCAAGACGGAUCUGCGCAAGGACAGGUCCCUGGUGAAGAAGCUCUGGAAAAAUAAGUUGGAGCCCGUGACCUACCACAGGGGCCAGGAGAUGGCGAGGUCCGUGAGAGCAGUGGCCUACCUGGAGUGCUCGGCGCGGCUCCGAGAAAACGUCCACGCCGUCUUCCAAAAGGCCGUCAAGGUGGCUCUCAGCAGCCGCAGUCGCAACUACUGGCGGCGGAUCGCCCGGAGCUUCUGCGUGCUGACCUGACAGCGUGGGCCCUCCCUGCCCAGCUCGCCCAGCAGCGCCGGACGGAACUGGGCGCCGACCUCUUCCCAGCGGGCUAGGCUGGGCCCAGUUCCCAGGCUGUGACCGAACCGCCCUUCAGACCCAUGGUCAGCACGGAGGCCAGCCCCCUCAUGCCGGGGCUGAGAUCCCUGAACUGAAGUGAAAUCCCCCUGAGACCUGAGGAAGGGGGUUCCCUGGGCCCCCCUGCCCUGUGGAGGGCUAGUCCUGGAGCCCCCACGCGCCCAGCCCUGGACCGCACAUCCAGGAGUGGCCACGCAGCUGGGCCACCUCGCGGCUGUUCCCGGGGCUGCACUUUCCUCUCCUUCAGGCAGGACCUGCUGGUCCCAGGACCACUCCCA